GUGACCCCGACGCCUUCUUCCCACGUCUCUCUCGUUGCUUGUUCUCGCAUGUGUACGUGUUGUGAGGGAAAUGGUUUUAGGAGCUAAAGGCAGCGCCAAUGUUGUCGAAAAUAUUCUCCUUUGGUGCACGAAAACCUGGGAAAAAGCACAAUGAUGGCGACCUCGAAACACCAGACGAAAUUCUUGCUACUAGAAGGCCCUUUCCACAACUGGAACAUGAUGAGAUAAGAAUUCUGGUGUUCAAGGAAUGUGAUCGCAAAGGAAAGACCUUAUUGUUUGACUCCAAAGCAGUUCCCAAGAGCAACAAUCAACAGGAUGCGGGGCAGAACAGAAUUUCUGAUUCAGACAAGAAGCUUUCUGGAGGCCCCAGGCUUGAGCAGAAAGGAGGCAGAUCUCAGUCAAAAUUACAGUAUGCACGACAAAGCCAUGACUCCAAAAUGUUGGGGGAGAUGAUCUUUGGCUCUGUGGCAAUGACAUACAAAGGGCAAACAGUCAAAGUCCAUGAAAUAAGAACUCCACACCAGCUCUUACUGACCAAUGUGUUUGCUGUCCAACCAAGAAUUGUUCUGCCCAGCUGUGGUGAUUCAAGCGAUUAUUACAGCACCAGCAGUAGUCAUGUAGAUUCAGGAAUAGGAGACAGUUCAAAUAGACUUGAUCCAGACUGCGAGUCAUUGUCAUCACAGAACAGUUUUUCUAAACUUGAAGAUUCUGUUCUUGGGAAUUCCUCCAAACCAAUGGCUGUCCCUGGCUCUUCGCCGGUAGUUGUCAUUGAUGCUGAUGAAGACAGUGGAUUCACAGCAUCUGUUGAUAGUAACACAUCGUCAUGGUUCACCUCUGCAUCCUCACCUUGUGGCAGUUACCACAGACGUCUCCGUCGAAGUCAUGCCACCAGUAUUGACAACAGUUUUGGAAGGAAGAGUGAUGAGUUAUCUGAAGAUAUUUCUCCACCUGUGGGAAGAAGACCAAAGCUGGGUAUUGGUAUUUUGUUUACUCUUGGUGACAAUGAAGAUAGAAGCAGGGCUCUUCAAGGGGUAUUUUUUGCACAUUUCCCUUUGUUUGAAUUGCACGUGAUGAAACUUAGAGUGUCCAUUGAGAAUGCUUGUUUUGGAAAGCCAAGGUUAUUUACAAGUCAAGUCAUUGAGGCAGUGAACACAUUUCGAGACACAAUUCACAAUAUGCUUGCAACACCAAGACUCAAGGAACCAGUUUGGUUGAACAUAAUGACACAUUCUUCACAUCGCUCGCAGCUGUGUGAGAAAUUCAUGGUUGAGUUGGUUGACUGCCUCAAAGUUGGAAACAGCAGGGAGACAAACUUUUUCAUGGCAGCUGUUCUGACAGCUGUGUUGCAGAAUCAUCUUGCAUGGGUGUCAACAGUAAUGCCAGCUGGAACAGCCCCAAGCCGAGCAUUUCUGGACAAACAUUCAUCCAAAACUUUGGAUCUGCUUGCUCAGUCACAUCCAUACAAUCCACUCUGGGCUCAGCUGGGAGACUUGUACGGGGCAGUUGGAUUUCCUCUUCGAGUUACAAGGACUGUAGUUGUCGGGAAAGACUCCAAAAUUGUUUCAAAAGUGUUGAAUAUCCUAAGUUAUUUCAUAAGAUGUACUGAGGUGUUUGAACAUGUACAGAAAAGAGAUGAUGAAAACAAGGAUGCCAUGAAGGAGAACAUCUCUUGUUUUGGUCAAGAAAGUAUACAGACUGUCUGCUCCCAGUGUGGAAGCAAAUCUCUUUCUGACGUUGAAAACUCUGGGAAAACUUUAACAACUGAGCCAAGUGUUUGUAUGCAAUGUAAACAGAACUGCGAAGGAAAGUGUGUGCUACAUGACAAGUUAACAGGCAAAGAAAACAGAGAGAUAAUACGUGAGCAGUUGAUUUCACAAUUGCAAGGUACUAAUGGGCUUACACAUUGUUUGCAUUGCAAUGCAAGAAUUACUGACGGAAGCUCAGUGGAAAAACUUCCAGGCAUUGAAAUACUUCAGUCUGUUUGCACAUGUAACAAGAUCUCAAAUGGAGGCGUGCACAAGGAGUUGAAACAUUUUAUGAAAGAUUCAAACUUGAUAGCUCUUGCUAAUAGUCACUGUGGCUCUUUCCAAUGUUAUUGUUGCAAAAAUGCAUCUGAAAAAGGAAGCAUUGUUCCUAAAGGAAGAAAGUUCAAAUGUUACUGUGGCUUGGAAAUUGAUUCUGACAAGAAUCAGGCAAAGCAGAAUUGCGUUCACUGUUGUGCUCAAUGUUUAGAAAAACUUCAGUCCUCACAAAGUGCCAAAGGCAACUAUCCUACAGAAAUAAACAAUUCUCUAGCAACCAAGAUUUUGCAGGCUGUUCAAAGGCAAGAUUCUGUUGGCAGUGGUAAUGAAAAUGUGGGUAGGCGGAUUUCUGAGGCAGACAGUUGUAUUUCUGAGGACAGAGACUCCAUAUCUCUGAGAAAUAAUGUGUUAGAUAAAUGCACUGAUGUGGAAGAGAGCAUAGCAUCUUAUGGAAGAAGUGGAUCAGCUGAUUCGGGCAUCCAUCAGAGCCCUUUACACUCGCCCUCCAUUCGAAGACCUGACAGUUUUCCAACUGUUGUCUCGUGUCAUGUGGAAGAUGAGCAAUUGCCGGAAGAAAUUCCUUUACCUAGGACUGAAGAAGUGAGCUUCUCCAUAAACAGCAAAUCAGAUGAUUGGAAAAUCUUUAACAACUUUGGACGAUCAAUGUUUGCAGGAAUUGUGGACAGUUAUUUGCCAGACUUGGUUCUUCAGGGUGUUCAGGAAAAUGACUUUCGAGGAAGACUAUCAGCUGACCUAAAGCUUGCAUUGCAGCACUCAGUUGUGGAUGAUCCGGUCUCAGAAGCAGUGUGUAUCAUUGCUAACACCGAUAAAUGGACUUGUGAAGUUGUCUCCAUGAAAAAGAAUCGGAAACAGCCAACUUGCGAUCCCAUUCACCAUGAACAACAAGUAGAAGUAUCCAACUUAGUGUUAUCCAUGUUAUCUUCAGUCAGCGGCUUAUGGGACAUCAAAAUGUCGGCAGAGUUUUGUUUAAUGCAUUUGGAAGAUAAACUGAAAGAGAUAUAUCUGAAGAGCAAGUGUGGAUGACAACGAUGUGCCUUUACUGCUGGCAGUAGCUGGUACCCAUGCCCCGCAGAGUAUAACACUUGUUGGCUGAGCAUGAAGUGUCACGCUUGAUAAGAUUCAAGUUGCCCUCAAGCGAUGCAUGUUACAUGCUUCGAUGUUAUUUCAACAUCAUCAUCAUCACCACCAUCUCCACACCAAUACCGCUGGAAUGUGUGUAUUCUGUGUUAUUCGACAGAAGGCAUACUGAAGCAGAAAUAUUCUCUGUGAAAUUGAAGACUUGUGUUACAUUCAGAUGUCAUCGCGACAGAACCUCUACUAGCGUGACAUCAACCAUCAGGAGCUACUCACCACGAAGUAAAGCUAACUUGUCUGUGUGUAACUGAAGUCCUUAACUCGGAAGUGGAAUUUCCCCGGGUUUUCAUUUAAAGUGUUCUUAACACAAAACCAACCAUAAUCGUUAAAAAUGGAUCACUCUUCAGGAGUGGAACUUAGUACAUUGAAAAUAUUCAGCAGGAUUUGGAACAGAAUAGCUGGGGCAGAAAACUUGCGAGGAGUACUUUCAUGCUUUCGCAUAGGCAAAGAGGUUUUCUUUCUCUAUUUUCCUUUCCAGACAGUACAUUUAGCAAAUCAUUUCACGCUCGAUUGAGUUUUCUCCUCUUACUGGGAGAAUUUGUUGGUAGAGGAUACGUUUUUACAUGCAUGGUACCUCGCAGAAAACUUGUCAACACAACUUGAUCACAAGCCACGCUUAUAAAGUUACAAAAUCACUAUUCGUUAUGGUUUAUUCCAUCGAAAGUAGUCUUACCCAUGUGUUUCACGAGAUAAUAUUUUUUUUUGUAACAGAAAAAGAACAGCAUUAAGAUCUUCGCUUACUUUCACUGUUUGACAAAUUCACCCGACUGUUUACCGUCAAUUCUCUUCCUAUGGAAGAAACUAUCCUCUUUUUCUUGCUUGCCGGACGAAAAUUUUUAGGAGAAGAGUAAAUUAUAAACCACGCCGCUCAUAUUUAUUACUAAAUACAGCUAUUUUCGAAGCGGCCUUCUGUUAAAUCGUAUAAUUUUAUCUUAAAUAAAUGUUGAGAAAAAAA